CAAUCAUGUGUUGCAUCACAAUAAAGAGCAUACCAGUUAUAUUGACUUUUCCAACGCUUAUGCACAAAAGCAGGCAAUCAGCUCUCAGUAUAUAAAACGCAAGACUGGCUUAGCUUACCAGCAUUCGAAAAUGUCUCUCAGACUGUGCUGCACGAUUUUAUUCAUCGCUGGCCUUGCAGCUGGUGAAAUAAAAAAUCAAGGAUGGUGGAAAAAUACAGUUUUCUAUCAAAUUUAUCCUCGUAGCUUUAUGGAUUCCAACAAUGACGGGAUUGGUGAUCUAAAAGGAAUAACAAAUAGACUAGAACACUUUGCCGAAUCUGGCAUCGGUGGAAUAUGGCUUUCGCCGAUAUACGCGAGUCCGAUGGUCGAUUUUGGUUACGACAUUUCCGAUUUCCGUGCCAUUGACAAAACUUAUGGUACUAUGGAAGAUUUAGAACAACUGACAGCAAAAGCUAAAAAGCUAGGAGUUAAAGUUGUACUAGACUUUGUACCGAAUCAUACUUCGAAUGAACAUCCCUGGUUUAUUAAAAGUUAUCAAGGCAUUGGAAAAUACAAGGAUUACUAUACGUGGCGCAGAGGUCGUGAAAAUAAUACGCAGCCACCAAACAACUGGCUAAGCUAUUUCAGCGGAUCAGCUUGGAAGUACAAUGCGACUAGAGAUUUAUGGUACUUCCAUCAAUUUGAAUACAGGCAACCCGAUCUUAACUUCACCAAUCCAAAUGUUCGACAGGAGAUGGAGGAAAUAUUGCGAUUUUGGCUGAGUAAAGGUAUUGACGGAUUCCGCGUGGAUGCUGUCCCCCAUAUUUUUGAGAAAGAAGGUUUCCCGGAUGAGCCUUUGUCGCAUAAACCAGGCGUGACAAGCCAAAAUCACAAUUACCUUGAGCAUAUCUACGUUAAAGAUGAUCAACGAAGCUACGACCUUAUUAAGACUUGGAGGAAAGUACUCGACGACUGGUCAGAUUCACACAAUGAAGAUGAAAAGGUCAUAAUGACUGAAGCAUACGCGAGUUUAGAUAAUACUAUCAAGUGGUAUGAUUAUGGUUCUAACAUACCAUUCAAUUUCAAUUUCAUAACGAACGUCGACAACUCAUCUAAACCAAGUGAUUUCAAAAAAGUAAUCGACGAUUGGAUAACUCGUACGCCAUCGUAUGGAUCAGCUAACUGGGUGAUGGGCAACCACGACAAUAGCAGAAUCGCAACGAGAUAUCCAGGUAGAGCCGAUCAAAUGACGAUGCUGGCUAUGAUCCUUCCUGGAGUCGCGGUCACGUACUACGGCGAGGAAAUCGGUAUGGUGGACAAAUUGGACAUCACGUGGGAGGCUACGCAGGACCCGCAAGCUUGCAAUUCCGAUCCAGAACAUUACCGUGCACUGACGCGUGAUCCUAACAGAACACCUUUCCAGUGGGAUGACACUAAAAAUGCUGGUUUUAGCAAAGCUUCUACAACAUGGCUACCGGUCAACGAUAAUUACAAAGAGUUGAAUUUGGCAAAACAAAAGCUACAACAAGAAUCUCAUUACAAACUUUAUCAAACUUUGACAAAAUUAAGAAGCACAUCUCUUGCUCUGAAAAAUGGUACAUUGGACACUGUCGCAUUGAACAAUGAUUCAGUGUUGGCCGUCAUACGAAAAAUUGCAGAUGAAGCUGUUGUACUCUUAAUUAAUUUCUCCAAUGACAGUCCGCAAAGUAUUGAUGUUUCGGAGUAUUUGCCAAACGCCAAAGAUGCUACAGUCAAAGGAGCAAGCGUAGGAUCUGGCAUCGAGUGGGGAUCAAUAAUAAAGACUUCGGAUGUUCGAUUGCCACCAAAAGCUUCAAUAGUUUUCGCUGCACAACCCAACGUAUAAGAGCUGCCUAAAUUACUGUUAUGCCUGUCUGUGUUACGCUUUAUUCUGCCGGAGGCACAAAAUAAAUCUUAAUAAAUAUAUAUCAAUUCUUAAAAAUAA